GCGCGGCCGAGGCGGUGUAGAGUGGUUUUGGCAGCACAAAGGCGCGGUUUGGCAUUAGUUUUGCACGCAUCGCUCGCCUGUACGAGCGCCCGACGACAGCGCCAACAGCUGCAGGGCUGCUAGGCGGUACAAAUGCUCCGCGGCUGGGCGCACGAAGUCAAAGAUGAAAACGCAGCGCCACCCAGCCUCGCCGAAGCCGCACGCCGCGGCUACGCGACGCCGGCGAGCCCAGGCAGCGGCGCAAGCGACGACGGCGCCGGCGCGACGCCGCGCGCCAAGUGGAACUCGCGCACGGAGUUCCUCCUCGCGACGAUCGGGAACUGCGUCGGCGUCGGUAAUGUGCGGCACGGUGCAUGAAUCAUGACCUCCACGCCAUCGACGCGACGCCUGCUCGACGGCGUGACUGCCCAACUCACUGGUUGAUUUGCGCACAGGUUUGGCGCUUCCCGUACCUCUGCUAUAGAAAUGGAGGUGGCUCCUUCCUCAUCCCCUACUUCGCGGCACUCUUACUCGUCGGCGUGCCGGCCUUCAUGCUCGAAUUGGCAUUAGGACAGCGGUUUCAAAGGGGCGCGACGCACUGCUACCUCCGCCUCCACAAAAGAUUGGCGGGUGUUGGCGUCGCGGGCACGGGCAUGGCCUUUGCGACGUUAGUAUACUACCAAACAAUAUUAGCGUGGUCUCUGGUGUACGCGUUCCACUCGUUUAGAAGUCCCUUGCCCUGGAAGCGCACGGACGCCGAGCGCUUCUGGGAGCACGGUGUUUUGAGGGAGUCCGACGGAUUUGAGGACUAUUUUGGCACACCAUCAACGACGGAACUGUCCCUGGCUUUGAUUUUUUCGUGGAUUUCGUUAUUCCUAGCCACGAGGCGCGGCGUGCACUCGGCGGGCAAGGCGGCCUAUGUCUUCGCGACGUUACCCUAUGCGAUCCUCACUUUGUUAGUUAUAAGAGGCUCGCUAUUGGAGGGCGCCGGUGAAGGAAUAAAGUUCUACCUACAACCGCGAAUCGAUCGACUGGGUCAUAUAAGAACGUGGCUCGACGCCUUCAACCAGAUUAUCUAUUCCCUAGGUAUUGGGACGGGCCAGAUGGUCGCGUACGGGUCCUAUACCGAGUCCAAUGAGGACAUCGUGCUAGAUGCGGGGUGCAUCUCGCUGUUGAAUAGCUUCACGUCGUUAUAUGCGGGCGUGGCGGUGUUCGCGAUGCUGGGCCACAAGGCUCAUAAAGACGGGAGGAGCGUCGCGGACGUCGUGCAAAGUGGCGAAGGGCUGGCCUUCGUCGCCAUUCCGGAUGGCCUGAGCGAGCUGCCGGCGGCGGGGCUGUGGUGUUUUAUUUUUUUCGCGAUGCUCUUCGCCUUGGCCCUUGACAGUUCUAUAGCGAUGCUCGAGUCGUGGACGACGAUGCUAAGAGAUUUCGGCUGGGAGGGCGAUCCGAACGCGCCGGCCUUCAAGCGCAUGAAGUGGAUACGAAGGCAGGACGCCCUAGUUGGUUCUAGUUGUGCUGUGGGCUGCUUGAUUUCCGGUCUGUUCGUGAGCCGGCCGGGCAUCUACUGGUUCGCGCUCUGGGACGCGUACGUGGUGUGGGCCGUGUUCAUCGUGGUGGGUAUUGAAUGUGUGGGGGUGGCGUACGGCUACGGCGCGGCGAAGUUUAGUGAAGAGGUGCGAAAGGGUGCCGGAAGAGCGGUGCCGCGCUUUAUACAAAUGUGCUGGUCCUUUAUUACGCCCUUUUUAUGUUCGGUGCUCGCGGUGGCUUCGUUCGCCGCGCUUUGCGCCGGCGGCGGGCGCUACGAGGGCGCGCGGGCGACGCCCGCCGCGCUGGUCCUGGGCUUUCUGUUGAUGCUCGGGCCCGUCGCCGUCAUGGUCGCGGGCGCGCGCGACGACUGCGUGAAGCGGCCGGGGCGCCCGCGGAGCGUCGAGCUCGCCAUGUCGUCGCCGAAGCGGACGCGGCAGAUGGUCUAAUGUUGUGGAGUAUGUACUUACUUAGGCACGAAU